AAAUAAUAUAUGGUCUGCCUCUGCAAUCUGUGACAGUCAUGGUGAUUUGAACAAGCACUAGGACCCUGAGGAAUCUUUCUUUGAACCUCAUCUGGUACCUGAUCUAGAAGAAGCAGACAUAGAGAAAAUAAAAUGGCUAGCCAGUCACAAGGAAUACAACAGCUUCUCCAUGCUGAGAAACGAGCUGCAGAGAAGGUUGCUGAGGCCAGGAAACGCAAGGCUCGGCGGCUGAGGCAAGCGAAGGAAGAAGCACAGGGUGAGAUUGAACAGUAUCGUCUGGAGAGGGAGAAGGACUUCAAACAUAAGCAAGAAGCAGUUAUGGGGUCCCAAGGUAACUUGGCAGCGGAGGUCGAGCAACAGACACGUCAGAAGAUCCAGGCAAUGCAGGCCAACCAUCACCGCAACAAGGAGAAAGUCCUUCGCCAACUGCUAAUGCUGGUGUGUGACAUCAAGCCUGAAAUACACCACAAUUAUCGCAUUAAGAUGUAGGCAAGCAUAAAAUGUGAUGAUCUACCAUUGCACCACAACCGGUGCCUCAAAAAUAAUGGCUAGCCACUUGUCAAAAAUUAAAAUUCAGACCUGGUUAAGUGAUUGGCUAAAGCAUCAAUUCUCCUGCUUGUAAUACACUGCUCACAAGUUGUAAAUUAUUGUGUCUCUCCCAGUUGUUCAUGGGAAUAACUGAGAAUACAUGAAAUAUGCUACGUACAGAAAGCCAGCAUUGAUCUAAAAACAUUUGCCACUACUAUUAGAUUCACCUUCUAAAAAUUGGGAGUUCAUUCAGUUCAUUUCAAUGUGCUCAUGAAUUCUUGGAAUUAUGGAAGAUUGUUGCUAAAUUGGUGAGUUUUCCUCAUGUCCUGCACAGAAAUUGCUGAUAGGGAUUCUCCAGUAUUAAAAUAUUAUGUUAUUUU